CAUCUGUGUGCUGUGCAUAUUAUAGGUCAGUGUUACUCUCAUUGACAAGGUGAAUACCUGUUGUUCAGUGACAUUAAGGAUCAAAACCAUUUAUUGGAGUAUUGGUUCUAAUUCACGUGUGACCAACAAGAAGACGACUGAGAAGAACCAAACCUCAGAGAUCUACUGUACAUGCUGACUGGGGAGGAACAAAUGGAGUUUGAUGAAGUUGCAGUUUAUUUCUCGGAGGAGGAGUGGGGCUGUUUAGCUGAAGAACAAAAAGAGCUUUAUAAGGAUGUGAUGAUGGAGAAUUACCAGACCCUCAGCUCUCUAGGAUAUGUUCAUAUGAAACCUUUACUUGUUACAAAGAUUGAGCAUAGAGAGGAGCCGUAUGUGAGCAGUUUUCCAAUUGCCAAAGUGAAAACUAUAGGUCUUUCGGGACUUGAUCCCCUGUGGCUUUUCUGACCAUUGAUCCGAUCAUACAGAUCUAAGACCACCGGGAGUCACAUUCAGGUGCGCAGAUCCAGACGGGGUAAGUUGAAUACCUAAACCCUCUUCCUUUCCUUUUCCUCUUCACAUCUUCCUCUCUUCCUAAGCCCACAAUGGCGACAACCCCCAAUAACAUCUC